GAAUCCAACAACCAACAAUAAUGGCGGCUCGACAAAUAUUCAGUCCAGUCUACGCAUUCGUUCGUAGAGUGAAGUGGCAUGAUUCAGUGUCGCUCGAGCCGUGCAGCUGGUAACACGCAAGCGCGCUCCGUAUUAUUUGUAAUGAAACUCUGUGUUGUUUUGUGUUCGAAUGAUUAGUGUUUUGAUUUAAAGUGACGUAUUCGAGUGUGCAGUGUGUGGUUAUGUGGCGGCAAGUGAUAUGACAGCGUGCGCCGCCAGACGGACUCCGGCCGUCUUCAUGAGGAUACUGGUGACAAGUUUGGCCCCGAGAUCAUGGUGGCUCCCAAUUCCGAGGCUCCUUCGAAUCCUCGGAUAGUAUCUAGUACACAGGAGAGUCCCUCUGCCGCUGAGGCGCGCCACAGCGCCGAUCUCUACAUACGCACCAGCUGGAUAGACGCUGCCCUAGCACUUUCUGAACUCGAAAAGGGUAACAUCGAAGGUGGAAGGACGUCGCUUUGGAUCCGAGCCUGGCUACAGGAACAGCUCUUUAUACUAGGCUGCUUUUUGCAAGGAGACGCGGGGAAAGUGCUGUUUGUCGCAAUAUUGGUGCUCUCGACUUUCUGUGUUGGACUAAAAUCGGCACAGAUACACUCGAGGGUCGACCAGCUCUGGGUUCAAGAGGGAGGUAGAUUAGAAGCUGAACUGAAGUACACGGCAGAAGCGUUGGGCGAAGCGGACUCAUCAACGCAUCAGCUUAUUAUCCAAACGGCCAAGGACCCCGACGUGUCCUUAUUACACGCGGGGGCUCUACUCGAACACCUAAAGGUGGUGCACGCGGCAACCCGAGUGACGGUUCACAUGUACGACAUCGAGUGGCGUCUGAAAGACUUAUGCUACAGCCCCAGCAUACCUAACUUCGAGGCUUAUCACAUCGAGAAGAUCUUCGAAAACAUCAUUCCUUGCGCCAUCAUUACACCACUAGACUGUUUCUGGGAAGGCUCAAAACUCCUCGGACCCGAUUAUCCUAUUUACGUUCCUAAUCUCAAACAAAAGCUACAAUGGACGCAUUUGAACCCGCAAGAAGUUUUAGAAGAAGUAAAGCAAUUGAAGUUUCAGUUUCCUUACGGGACGGUAGAAGCGUACAUGAAGAGAGCUGGUAUCACCUCCGCUUACAUGAAGAAGCCUUGCUUGGACCCAAACGACGCGCACUGCCCAAAAACGGCUCCCAACAAAAAAUCGCGACAUGUUCCGGAUGUGGCAGCAGAGUUGUCUCACGGCUGUUACGGCUUCGCAGCAGCGUACAUGCACUGGCCGGAGCAGCUGAUAGUAGGAGGCGCUACCAGGAAUUCCACUUCGGUGCUGAGGAGUGCGAAGGCCCUGCAGACGGUCGUACAGCUGAUGGGAGAACGAGAGAUGUACGAGUAUUGGGCAGAUCACUACAAAGUGCACCACGUUGGGUGGACGCAAGAGAAAGCCGCCGUUGUACUCGACUCCUGGCAGAGAAAGUUCGCUGCAGAGGUGCGUAAGAUGACCACUUCUGGCAAAGUGUCCGCCGCCUACAGUUUCUACCCGUUCUCGUCGUCCACGCUCAACGAUAUUCUCGGAAAAUUCUCGGAACUCUCGCUCAAGAACAUUAUUUUGGGAUACGUGUUCAUGUUAGUUUAUGUUUCGGUGACGCUGAUGCAAUGGAGCGACCCGGUGCGGUCGCAGGCCGGCGUCGGCAUCGCGGGCGUGAUGCUGUUGUCCAUCACCGUAGCUGCCGGUCUGGGCUUUUGCGCUUUGUUAGGCAUACCGUUCAACGCUUCGAGCACGCAGAUCGUUCCGUUCCUAGCGCUCGGACUGGGAGUGCAGGACAUGUUCCUUCUCGCUCACACGUACGUGGAACAAGCGGGAGACGUGCCCCGGGAAGAACGAACCGGUCUCGUGCUGAAGAAGAGCGGCCUCAGUGUGCUUCUGGCGUCGCUCUGCAACGUGUUGGCGUUCUUGGCAGCCGCACUGCUUCCGAUACCCGCGCUACGAGUCUUCUGUCUUCAAGCCGCCAUCCUCUUGCUGUUCAAUUUGGGUUCAAUGCUGAUAGUGUUCCCGGCAAUGAUUUCGCUGGACUUGAGGCGUCGGUCUGCAGCGCGGUCUGACGUGCUGUGCUGCAUCAUGCCCGAGAACCCAGUGCCCAAGCGACGAGUCACCGACAGGACCAGGAACAGAGGAAGCAAUACUAAAAAUAGCUGGAAAGACGCGACGCGACAACCGCUGGAUCCUGAAGAAACGGGAGAUGAAUCCAAAGUGUCAUGCAUCAGUCUGUCCUUGACGAAAUGGGCAAAGAAUCAUUACGCUCCUUUCAUUAUGAGACCAUCAAUGAAGGUAACAUCGAUGCUAGCGUUGAUCGCCGUGAUACUGGCCAGUGUCUGGGGCGCGACAAAAGUCAGGGACGGCCUAGACCUCACCGACAUAGUGCCAGAAAAUACUGACGAACACCAAUUCUUGUACCGACAAGAGAAGUACUUUGGCUUCUACAACAUGUACGCGGUCACAAAGGGCGACUUCGAGUACCCGACCAAUCAGAGGCUGCUGUACGAAUACCACGACCAGUUUGUCAGGAUACCUAACAUCAUAAAGAACGACAACGGCGGCCUCACGAAAUUCUGGUUGACUCUGUUCCGCGACUGGCUCUUAGAUCUGCAAGCGGUGUUCGAUAAAGAAGUGGAAAGCGGCUGCAUCACUCAGGAGUACUGGUGCAAAAACGCAAGCGACGAGGCCAUUUUAGCAUACAAACUCAUGGUGCAGACGGGUCACGUGGACACUCCCAUCGACAAGUCACUGAUCACCGCGGACAGAGCGAGCGGCCAUAGACUUGUGGGCAAAGACGGCAUCAUCAACACGGACGCGUUCUACAACUACUUGUCGGCUUGGGCCACAAACGACGCGUUGGCCUACGGAGCGUCACAAGGCAAUCUGAAACCGCAACCGAAAAAAUGGACGCACUCUUCUAGCGACAUGGACCUGGAAAUACCCAAGUCGUCUCCCUUGAUUUAUACCCAGCUGCCCUUUUACCUGGCAGGGUUAAGUGACACGGAGAGUAUAAAGGCUUUGAUAACGUCCGUCAGGGAGCUGUGCUUGAAGUUCGAAGCGAAGGGAUUGUCCAAUUUCCCGUCUGGUAUUCCUUUCCUGUUUUGGGAGCAGUAUCUGUAUCUGAGAACGUCGUUAUCGCUGGCCCUCGCUUGCGCCCUGUCUGCUGUGUUUGUGGCUGUAAUGGUAUUGCUGCUGAACGUGUGGGCGGCGGUGCUCGUGACGCUCGCGCUGGCUGUGCUGGUGCUCCAGUUGCUCGGCACGAUGGCGCUACUUGGCAUUAAGCUGUCCGCCAUACCGGCAGUCCUACUUGUACUGGCCAUCGGUCGAGGAGUGCAUUUCACCGUCCAUUUGUGCUUGGGCUUCGUAACGUCGAUCGGUUGCAAGCGGCGUCGGGCCUCGCUCGCGCUGGAGUCUGUGCUGGCGCCGGUGGUGCACGGCGCCGUCGCGGCCGCGCUGGCCGCGUCGAUGCUGGCGACCAGCGAGUUCGGUUUCGUCGCCAGACUGUUCCUGAAAUUACUACUGGCUCUCAUCGUUCUGGGAUUCGUCGACGGUCUACUGUUCUUCCCGGUUGUACUGGCGAUACUCGGACCGGCCGCGGAGGUGAGGCCGCUGGAGCACGGCGAGCGGCUGCCGACCCCGUCCCCGGUGCGGUCGCCGGUGUGGGCGCGGCGGGGGGCGGGCGCGGGGGGCGCCGCCGAGCGGACGCGCUGCAAGGGCCCUCCGCGCGCCGCGCCCUCCCUCACAACCAUCACCGAGGAGCCCCCAAGCUGGCACAGCUCGGCGCCCUCCGUACAGUCUUCCAUGCAGUCCAUCCUAGUGCAGCCAGAGCUCGUCGUCGAGACCACCACCUACAAUGGCAGUGACUCCACUUCCGGACGCUCUACUCCCACCUCCAAGACUACUCACACGGGCGCCAUCACUACCAAGGUGACGGCCACUGCAAACAUCAAAGUGGAGGUGGUCACGCCGAGCGACAGGAAAACUCGACGCUCCUAUCACUAUUACGACCGCCGUAGAGACCGCGACGACGAUCGGGACAGAGACCGCGACCGAGACCGAGAUAGAGACAGAGACCGCGAGAGAUCGAGAGAGAGAGACCGCAGAGACCGGCACAGAGACGAGAGGGAGCAUCGCGCGUCGCCGCGGGAGAACGGCCGCGACUCCGGACACGAGAGCGACUCCUCUCGCCACUGACACAGAGAGAAAGAGGGAGAGAGAUACUACUGGGUCUUGGUACCUGAAUGACGCGGAGGCUAUGAAGUUCGGUGCGCAGUGGGAGCCCAGCACGCGUCGAGUACGGGUCGGUACCGCAAACAUUCCACAGAGGGCGGCGCUGGUGCUUCCGCAUUGUGAUUCGAUAUUUGAACGGUGCGAACUCUUGUUAAACCAAAUAUCCACUAUGUAGAAGAUCUAAACGUUUGUGUGUUCCUAUUGUAAAGACAUUUCUGUUUCGUCAUCCGUUGCUCUUGUUAUGUUUAUUUAUCUAAAGACUGUGGUCGAUUAUUAUUAACUUAUGCUAAUUAUUUAUUUUACGUCUACGUUUUUUUUUUUUUUUUUUUAAUUUUCGACACCUGAAUCUGUGGAGUGCCUCAGAUUAAUUGUACAAAUUAUUUACGUAGUUUUAAACUAGUUUUAGGUCGCUAUUUAUGAGAUUACUUAGUGUUUUUUUUUUUAAAUAUCCAUAAUGUAUCGUUGUGAUCUUUAGGUAAAAAUUGUAACUUUAAAGACUGCAUUUUUAAUACGAAUAUACAGUAUUUUCGUGUGCUGGAUAGCGAGUGAAUGUUGAACACACAACCGAUACAUUCGCUUACCUCAGAAUGUGAAAUUACAAAAUGAGAAAUCAAAUGUGCAAAGUACUUAGUAGAGUAAAUAUAUAUUAUUUAUACGUAGAUACGUAAAUAUGUACAUAUAGCUGUAUUUAGUCGUAUGAUGUGCCGAACCAGUGACGUUUGGAUACGAAUGUAUCAUUAAUUUUUAUACAUUUUUUUUGUACUGACAUUUUGUCGAAAAACUAGAUGUUAGAAUGUGACGCGUUUAUUAGAAUAUAUAAGUUUACAAAUUAACAAAUGAUUGUAUCAUAUGAUUUAAAAAAAAAAACCAAUUUGCUCUUUUUUUUUUGUUUAAUUUGACGACGAUAUAAAUUGUUGAAGAUCAAAGCACAUUUUCAAUAUCGAUGUUUGUACCGAUUCAUUUUAUCAUAUCGUAAUAUUUACAUACAAACGAAAUUCUAAUUUAUUCUUAAUGCCUAUGCAACGAAAAUGUCUGUAUUGGAGAAAUAAUCAACAUCGAAUUAUA